AUGACCAAUGAAUGUGGCGUGGGCGCCGGUGACCCUUGCGGCGUGGGCGCCUCGUCGUCGGCAGCCAGUAGAAAUACGGAGGAAGAACCCAUGGACGAAGAUGAAGAGUGCAUCGACGGAGAAGAAGCGCCGGAGGAAGAGGCAAAGGAGGGAGAUCGGGAGCGAUGGAUGAAUGUCGAGUUACAAACUGCCAUCGCGAAACAAGCGAGGAUGGUCUUGGACACUCUCCCCAAGAUAGCCGGCAACGUCACGCUGACUCCACCACAGUGGAUGAAGGAGCGGCAUCUGCCGCCCAACCCGGAGAAGCGCGCCGCUGCGGCGAUGAAAGCGGGCCGGGGAGGGGGAGGUCAGGAAUGGUGGACCGCCAAUCCACGCAACCCCUGGGCUCGUUUUCAGCCACACCAGCCGCGCCCACACACCCGGCACGGUGCGGGCGUCCAAAGGCGCAUGGCUGCCCAGCAGCUGCCUCCCGGGAGGAGAGAAGCGGACCAGCUGCUGGUCCUGCUCCUGCGGCAAAAUGGCUGUCCGGUCCCACACGGGGUUUCCUCAGUGGGGCAGCUGAGCUCUGAUGCCGUCAUCCAGGCGGUCGGAUUCAUGAUCGCGGGGAUGGACGGCUCGCGCCCCCCCCCCGAGGCGUUGUCGACGACGGGCUGCCACCCGGCGGAGCGUUUUCACGCCUGCAGGCUUGUCGCCAGUCGGGUUAGGGACGCGGGCUACUCCGAACCCUUGUCAGCGCACCAGCUGCUGUACCCAGGCGGGGAGGACACUCGCCGGAUGCUGCUAGAUCUGCUGGCGAUGCUGCCGCCCGAUGGGGCAAAAUCUCCCCCUCCGGAGUUGGCUUCAGGCACGGGGCCCCCGCUUUUGCCGGAAGGAGGAAAGGAGCGCCAACAGGCCGACGAUCUCCUGUCGAGCGAUGUCGGCGGGACGGCGGAGCGCGGCAGCGCCGACAGGUACAACGACAACAUGUCGCCGCGGUCGGAGGGCCAAGAAGAAGAGGCGGCACGAGUAUGCGGGGGGACAGACGCAAGCAGCCCACAAUCUGCUGUCGCCGAGAACGUUCCUGAGACCGAUGCUCAGGAGAAGGGUGAGCACGCAGUGUCUGAAAGCGGAUCGGGAGAAGAAGACUCUCCGCCAUCAGACGCGGGGGGUGAUGCUGGUGACGGGCCGACCGCCUUGGCGGGGGCAGGCGAGACCGGCGACAUGGACGGCAGCGAGGAUCCAGCGCUGCCGGCGUCUCCCUCCGGACGACAAAAUCCAAGAGGUGGCUCUGCUGCUUCCGAUAUCGCCGAGGGACUGGGUUCGCCCUCCGGCAGCGGAAAGGAAGCCCUUGCCAAGGUCUCGGGAAGAAGCACGCCGUCUGCGGAAAAGGGUGGUAAUGCCGUCGGAGAGCGGGGUGGCGGCCAGGCGAGCCGCGACGGGGGGGGUAGCGACGACAACGGCGGAGACGACGGGGCCCCUGUUAGCCACGUCUCCGACGAGCUCGGCAACGAGACGGAAAGCGAAGAAGAGGAUAACGUGUUUACCGCGGAGCCAUCAUGCGAAGAUGCAACAGCAUCCGUGGGGACGGGAGUUGAGGCCGAGGAGGAGGGAAUGACGAGAGACGAAGCGAGCGAGGGGGGAAGCUGCAAGGGAGACGAAGGCGAAGGGGUUCCUGCAGAGAUGACGGCGCCAAGCACCGGGGGUGAUGAUGAUGUAUCGGCACCGGGAGCAGGCUUCGUUAACGGUAACGGGAGCGGAGACACCGCUCCAGUCGGCAUCGUCGACCCCUCAGACGAACCAGGAGAGGGGGAGCCAGAGAGCCUUGUUGAGAACCCGCCGCUGCCUUCGGAGGCUUUAGACGAACCGUUACAUCAAGGAGCGGGCGAACCGGCCAGAGAGUCGGGCGAUGGCGAUUGCGCGGACCCGAACGGUGCGACAGCACAGGGGGCGGCGGAGCCCGUCGCGGGGCCGAGCGGAGCUUCUGGAGAGGACGAACGAAGUCCCGGGGUCCCCCAAGCUGAAAGCGAGGGAGAUGCGGAGGGCGGAGUUUGUGCUGUCGGUGACGAAGAGGCUGCUGCGGUAGGGUUGACGGCGAAUGGAGGAAAGCCAGGAGGAGCGGUGGACGCCGCAGAAGAACGAGGCGAUUCUUCUGCGUCGCCCUCAGGAGAAGCUCUGCCGCCGGAAGAGGGAGCGGAUGUGGAGGGGGGGAAGGGGGGCCCGCAGGAGGAAGAGGAGGAGGAGGAGGAGGAGGAGGGUACGGAAGACGACGUGGUGUUCUUGCAGUUCGAGGUGGAGGCGAAAGAGUUAGAGCUGAAGAGGCUCCUGGCUGAAAGAGAGGGGCAAGACAAGGCCGCAGAUGAGUUGGAGAAGGAAGUGCAGCGUCUGGGUAGCUUGGCGGAGGAGAGGGAGAAGCACUGCCGCUACGCCGCCAAAGCCUUGGAACUCCUCCCGAACGCUGCUGCGGAGACCUCGAGGAUGCAGAACGAGUGCGUCGCCGCCGAGGCGCGUAUGCAUGCGGCGGCGAAGGCCUUCGAGAAGGGGAGGAAGCCCUUGGAGGCGGUGGUGCGCGUUCAGCGGGAGAAACUCGCGAGACGGAAGGCGCGAUGUCGGGCCCUUGUGACAGAGAUGCGCGGCAUGUACGCUGAGUGCCAAGAAAUGAGCCAGCAAGAGUCUGCCCUCAUGGCAGCCGCUAGGGACAUGGAGGUAUGGGAAAGCAAGGCGAGGGGCGAAGUCGUCAUCGGGCCGGAGAAGGGGGGUGACGGCGACGGUAGCGGCAGCGGCAGCGGUGGGGAGGCGGAGUUGGGGGAGGAGGAACACGACAGCGAAGAGGCUAGAAAAAGGAGAAAGGCUGGGGCUGCUCUUCGGUCGCACAUCGACAAGCGAAUCACGAGCCUGUGCGAGGACGCCGCGGCCCAGAAACAGGAAAUCGCGAUCUCUCUCACUGAGGUCCUGGACUCUCGCAGGGAGGCGAACGGCGCCUGGGAGUUGCUGGGUAGGGCGGAGGCCUUGCCGGAGGAGAGGAUAUUCUCGGCCGCGAAGCAGGCCAAGUCCGGGAGUGGCGGGACCAACAAGGACCGCGCGAAGGACUUAACCGAAGCGUACAAGCACCUGCACGCGCUCGGGGAAGUGUUUUCUAAGAUCGUGGAGGCGAUGUCUGAGGUCGGUCGGCGGGAAGAAGAGUGCCGGUCGGUGGAGCGCGAAACCGAAAAGAUGCUGUCUCGCCAGGGAGGAAACGUCCGCCUCCAGCUGCUAACCCGGGAUCUGGAGAGAGUGAAGGGAGACGCCUUCGCGCUUGAGCAGCGCUUGGACCAGGCGCUGGAAGAGGAACGGCUUAAUCAGAAAGCUUCCCAAGAGACCCAGGAUUCCUUCGGAGCGGCACAGGAUGUCACCAGGCGGGACAGCGACGACAAUGCCAACGAAGCUGUGGUGGAGCAAGAUGAGCAGGCAAGCUGCGGCAACGAUACAUGUGGUGAGGUUCAAGACGACGAUGAUGACGCCGAGCAGCAAGACUUGCCGUUACGAGCACAGGAACAUGGAAAAGCUGCCGAAUCGACUCUGGACGUGGAGGUCCAGGAUGAAAGAAGCGCUGCUGGUGGCGAGGAGAGGGGCGAGGGCGAAGCGCCGGAGCAGCGCGGUAGUGGUGCGGGCGGUGACGUUGUUGAGAGCGACCAAGAAGCCGAUUUCGUAGGGGAAGACGAGGUGGACAACGUUUGGCAGUAGGGGGUGUAGAGAUCUGGCUCGUCGAGACUAUUAAUAGUGGACGUCGUCGUUCCGUCGGGCGACUACAUGCCGUCAACGUCGGUCAACUCUAGACCCUUUUCCGACUAGCAUGGUGUGAAAUCCGCGUCAAACUGCUCUUCGGCAUGGCAAGGGUGUCCUCUGGUCGUCGGGACUUGGAUCGGUUUUGUAAUGCCCCAUGUCUAACCUGUUUGUUUUUUUUCCGAACGAAGGUGUUCGGGAGGUCGUGACGGUUGUGAACCGCGCUGCUGUUGUGCUGGACCAUUUCGUUCGAUGUGCGCGAUGUGUGGCGCUCCUCCCAAGCGUUUAGAUUGCGGAAUGCGUAAACGGCAUGAAUUUCGGGCACCUCGUCACAUACGUGUAUGCUCACCUCCACGUGUCACUAUACGCGAAUGCGUUCGACUGUUUGCAUGGUGUGGUGUUUUUUUCAUCGACCGUGUAGACCAAGUCAAGCACGCAGUUAGCCGGUACGACGUUUGUUUGGGAGGAAAGGACCCGACCAAUUUCGGCAAUACUCCUGGCGUGAUUUUGUCCCUCGUGUGCUGUGGCUGUUGAAUGGCCGGUGACGGGUUUCAACUUUGUUGUUUCUCUGCUCCAUUGUUGCUUGUCUCUUAAAAUGUGUAGCACCCACCCAUUUCGUGUUCCGUUGGUGUUUUCUACUGUGUGCGUUGACUGCGAGGAUUACAUGGUCUCAUGUUCGUGCGGCACUUAUUGCCCCAAGCGAAUCGUGCGUUCUUCGAACUGCUGCUGUUCAUUUUGCGCUGACUUGCCGGGGUGUAUUCAAGUGAAUGGCGGAACAUGCAUACAACCCCUAUAUCAGUCAUGUUGAAUUGUGGGUGCUGUUGGAAGGCUUCAAGGUUGAUUUUAUUCCUUCAGUGAUGUUCAUAUUCCGACCUCGCGAAAAUGAGCAGUGACGCGCUUGUUGAGUCUGGUGAGAGAACCUCAGGUCCUGGUCCGCGCGGCUGCUCUACCCUUGCAGAUAACAUCC